CAAAAUUAAAGAAGAUGGGAUGCUGAGCUUCAAAAAGAGAUAAUCCUUUAAAAUUUAUCAGAAUAGGUAAAUCCAGAUCUAUUGAAGAAAAUAGCAUAAGCAAAUCUGAUGCUGGUAACAACUCUAACACUGGUUCUGUUGAAUCAACUCAGACACAGAGUAUUAAAGAAAUGGCUCCUCCUAGACAUCUUAAAAAGAUAUCACCUCCACUUAGAGAACUAAUUGCUGAAAGGAAGACUCAAGAGCUUAGUGGUUCACCCAAGAUUAAAAUUGACUGAGAAUGAAAGUCUACAAAUAGCCAAAUCGACUCAGACCUGCAAGAAUUUACUCAAUGGGAAUUUUCAAAUAACUAUUCAAAUGAAUCAAGAUUUUUAGAGGGAAAUAAGAACAAUUCGAAAACUCAGGGAAUGAAUAUAUUUUAAAAACAGUAGAGCAAAGGUUAAUAAAGAAAAUAUAAAGGCUCAUGGCAGAAAAGAGCAGAAGAAAUUAGAAUUAGAUAAUAAAUCCUUUCAAGACAAAGAUACGAGAAGAGUUUCACAAAAGACAAACAAAGUGUUAAAAAGUAGUAGUCUAGACAAGUGACAUUUUAGACCCAAAGGAAUAACAAACCCCUAUUAUGACUGAUUUAUUAAUUCUGUGCUUCAGGCUCUUUUCGGUGUUCAUGAAUUUAUAUUAUACUUCUGAGCAAAGGAGUUAUUUAAGGAUAAUUCUAAACAUUUAUUAAAUAAUAACUGUUUUGUUGAAGACAGUAACAGAAAUCAAGAAUUAUCAAAGAAUCUUAAAGAGUUGAUGCUGGAGUAUUUUUCUGAUGAACCAGGGCCGAUUUCCAACUCUGCAUUUAGAAAAUUAUUUGAUAAAGAAUAUCCCCCUUCUCAACAACAUGAUGCUUGUCAAUUUAUCAUGCAUCUUUUUGAACAUCUUCAAAAAGAACAUGAUCCACCAAGUGGAACAUUUGUGUCUUCAGGACAUAAAAAUGGCAAAGAAGCCUGGAAGAGAUAUGCAAAAAGUCAUACUUCAAUUAUUGAUCAGCUGUUUAUAGGAAUGUACCAGACAGUGUUUACUUGAGAAGGAUGACAUGAGCAAGUCAUAAAUUACGAAGAGUUUAAUAGUAUCCCAAUAAAUUGCUAUGAAAUGGAAGAAAACAAAGGAUUUGAAGAAUGGAGAGAUUUUACUAAAUUUGAAGACUCCCAAAUACUGUGAAAAACUUGUAAAUCUCUUAGAAACUGUACUAUCCAGAAGAAAAUAAUAAAAUUCCCAAAGUACCUAAUCCUCUCCUUCCAAAGACUCGACCCCUUCACAAGCUCAAAAAUCAUCUCCAAAAUAAACUUCCCUACCCAAUUCUCCCCCAAAUACACCCUCCUCAGCUGCAUCCACCACUCAGGCACCCUCACCUCCGGCCACUACACAGCCAUGUGCAAAAGAAACUCCGAAUGGUUCCACUUGGAUGACUGCACCUUCACCAAAAUCUCCAGGAAGAAAAUCCAAACUUCUGAUGCCUACAUUCUACUUUACGAGCAGCAGUAG